CCCCCCCCCCCACAGCUCUUGAGCACCGGCGUCUGGAACGUUCCUCUUGUGAACGCGCCUCGCUCGUCCUCAAUCCGCCGUCAUCCGCGCCCGCCGAGCCCCGCGACACGCGCCGACCGAAGCCGCUCGCACCUGCCUCGUCCUUGCCCUCGAGUUGGAAGCAAAAUGCCCGAGAAAUCCGCGUCCGUUCGAGGCAGCGGAGGGAAGAUGGGAGGCGCCUACCAAGACCGCGAAAAGCCGGCCAUGAUCCGCUCCAGCAACAUCUGCGCCGCCAAAGCGAUUGCCGAUGCAAUCCGAACAAGCCUCGGACCCAAAGGCAUGGACAAAAUGAUCCAGGACGGUAAAGGUGACGUCACAAUUACCAACGAUGGAGCCACCAUUCUUAAGCAGAUGCAAGUGACGCACCCUGCAGCAAAAAUGCUGGUGGAGCUCUCCAAAGCCCAGGACAUUGAGGCAGGAGAUGGCACAACUUCUGUUGUGGUCAUUGCUGGAGCUCUGCUGGAUGCCAGUGCAAAACUGCUGCAAAAAGGAAUCCACCCAACAAUCAUCUCCGAGUCAUUCCAGAAGGCCCUGGAGAAGGCUCAGGAGGUUUUGGAGUCAAUGUCCUUGCCUCUGGAGCUGUCUGAUAGACAGUCCCUCCUCAACAGUGCGACCACAGCUCUCAACUCAAAGGUAGUGUCCCAGUACGCCAGCUUGCUGGCACCGAUGAGCGUGGAUGCCGUUAUGAAAGUGAUCGAUCCAGCCACGGCCACCAGCGUUGACCUCAAUGACAUCAAGCUCAUCAGGAAACUCGGGGGGACCAUCGACGACUGUGAGCUCGUGGAGGGCCUGGUUCUCACGCAAAGAAUCUCCAACAGUGGGAUCAUUCGAGUGGAGAAGGCGAAAAUUGGCCUCAUCCAGUUCUGCCUGUCCCCACCCAAGACUGAUAUGGAGAACCAAAUCGUGCUUUCGGAUUACACCCAAAUGGACCGUGUUUUGCGUGAGGAGCGCACCUACACCCUCAACCUGGUCAAGCAGAUUAAGAAGGCGGGCUGCAAUGUGCUGCUGAUCCAAAAAUCUAUUCUGAGAGAUGCUCUGAGUGACCUGGCACUACACUUUCUCAACAAGAUGAAAAUAAUGGUGGUGAAGGACAUUGAGAGAGAGGACAUAGAGUUCAUUUGCAAAACAAUUGGUACCAAGCCCAUUGCUAGUGUGGAUCACUUCACUGCUGAGAUGCUGGCAUCUGCUGAGCUUGUGGAGGAGGUCAGUGUGGGCAGCAGCAAGGUGGUCAAGGUUACAGGGUGUGCGAACCCGGGCAAGACGAUGAGCAUCCUGGUCCGUGGCUCCAACAAGCUGGUGCUAGAGGAGGCAGAGCGCUCUCUCCACGAUGCCCUCUGUGUCAUCCGUUGCCUGGUCAAGAAGAGGGCCCUGAUUGCUGGAGGCGGAGCCCCCGAGAUCGAGCUGUCACUGCGCCUGACGGAGUACGCGCGCACGCUCAGCAGUAUGGAGGCGUAUUGCGUGCGUGCCUAUGGCGAGGCCAUGGAGGUCAUCCCCUACACGCUGGCUGAGAACGCAGGCCUCAACCCCAUCAGCACGGUCACAGAGCUGAGGAACCGCCAUGCCCAGGGCGAGAAGACUGCUGGCAUCAAUGUCAGAAAGGGUGGUAUCUCCAACAUCCUGGAGGAGCUCGUGGUGCAGCCCCUCUUGGUGUCCCUCAGUGCAGUCUCCCUGUCCACCGAGACGGUCCGCAGCAUUCUCAAGAUCGACGACAUAGUGAACGCCAAGUAAACAUCUACAUUUAAACAUGGUGAACACGACAUGGCAGGAACAAAGUAGCUUCCACAUUGCGUAGAAAACAAAUAUUUUAUUUGGCUGCAAUAGCCAAAUUGUUUGAAAUGAUCACAUCGUCUUGUCUUUUUAUUAAAAGAAACAAGUGUCACAUUACACUGUUGAGCACUGAAUAAAAGCUGAGAUUACUGAA